UCUCUUUCCGUUACCAUUUGUCAUUCUUUUCUGCCACGGAUCUGAUUUUUUUUUUCUUCUUCUUCAUGGUGUUUUUGCCUUUCAUAUUUGACUGUGUGUUACUUUGCUAUCACCCAAGCAAAGUUUUUUUUUUUUUGCUGUUUUACGAUUGGGUUUGGAUAUUUUAGAUUCUUAUUAUUUACUUUUUUUUUUUUUUGAAUUGUGUUGGUGAAAGUUCAAUUGGAGGGGGGUUACUUGGUCUUUGUUCUUUUUUGAAAUGUUACACUCUCGCAGACUCUGUUAGUGGGGGUUCAGGGGAAAAACAAUUCAUGGGUGUAACGAGAAAUGGUUGUUAUGUUACUGUUAUUUGAAGUCGUUUCUUAAUUAUUUGUGUUUUUUUUUUCAUGGCAACAGAGUGUGGUGUGAGAUCUAGAGCUUCUUUUUUGGUUUUUGAAUGGAGAUGAAAAUUGUUAAGACGAGUUGCGUGGAAAGUAGUAAUUGUUGGUUGCUGAGUAUUGACCAGCUGGAAUUUGAUCAUCAUUUGUAUUCUCUUUCACAUUUUUUGGUUCCACAAUCUGGAUCAAUCAUGGGAAUUUGUGUAUUCUCGCUCUGGUCUUGUUGUUGUAGUGAUAAUGUUUAAGUCUUGUUUUUGUUUGUAUCGAUCAACAUUGGUUGUUGGCUUCUAUGGAUUAUUGAUUCCUUGGCUUUUGUUGUUUUUGAAUCUAAUGAUGUUCUUCCGUUGUUCUCCUUUUGGCUUCAGUGGUUUAACUAGGAUGAUUUGAUGAUUUUAGAUGAAGUGGAAUUUUGGAGUUGAAUGAGUCAUAGUGUGACUGAUAUGCUUGUUUGGUUCUGGAAUAGAUAGCAAACGAAUGCUAUCUUCACUUUUUUUUUUUUUUUCUUUUCAUUAUUCUAGCAUCAUCUAGAUUAUUAUAAUAAUCAUAAUUAUCAGGUUUGAAACAGCGACAGAAAGUUUACUUUUUGGUUGGUGGUCAGAAUGGCUCUUGAAACCUGGGAAUUCUAAGUGCCCAUUUUUGUUGAUAGUUGAUUAUUUCACGAACAAUGAACAAUAAAGAUGGAAAAUCAGUCACCCAGCCGGACAAGAGCAGGAUUGUCCCUAUGGCAAUCAUAUUUGUGGUGCUAUGUGGAUUUUCUUUCUAUAUGGGUAUUAUCUUUUGUUCUGAGAAGGACAGAUUUGUGUCAAUUUACAGCCAGAAAGCCAUUGACUCCCCCAAGACGUCCUCAAUAAGUUCUCUGCAAAUUAAAUACGCCAGUUUUCCUGAAUGUAGCAUUGACUAUCAAGAUUACACUCCAUGCACAGAUCCAAAGAGAUGGAGGAAGUAUGGCUCCUAUCGGCUUACUUUGUUGGAACGCCAUUGCCCUCCAAAAUUUGAGAGGAAAGAAUGUUUAGUUCCUCCUCCAAAUGGUUAUAAGCCUCCAAUUAAAUGGCCAAAGAGCAGAGAUGAAUGUUGGUACAGGAAUGUUCCAUAUGACUGGAUUAACAAGCAGAAGUCUAAUCAGCAUUGGUUGAUAAAGGAAGGGGAGAAAUUCAUCUUUCCUGGUGGGGGUACUAUGUUCCCCAAUGGUGUUGGUAAAUAUGUUGAUUUAAUGCAAGAUCUGAUCCCAGAAAUGAAAGACGGGACUAUUCGAACGGCCAUUGAUACUGGUUGCGGGGUUGCUAGCUGGGGUGGUGACUUGCUAGAUCGCGGGAUUCUAACUCUUUCUCUUGCACCAAGAGAUAACCAUGAAGCUCAGGUUCAAUUUGCUCUGGAGCGUGGUAUCCCUGCAAUUCUUGGUGUCAUUUCUACACAGAGACUUCCAUUCCCAUCCAACGCUUUUGAUAUGGCUCAUUGCUCCAGAUGCCUUAUCCCAUGGACAGAAUUUGGUGGAGUUUAUCUCCUUGAAAUACACCGGAUUCUUCGUCCUGGAGGAUUUUGGGUCUUGUCUGGUCCACCAAUCAACUAUGAGCGCAGGUGGCGUGGAUGGAACACAACAAUUGAAGCACAAAGAUCAGAUUAUGAGAAACUGCAGGAAUUGUUGACUGCAUUGUGCUUUAAAAUGUACAAGAAGAAGGGUGACAUUGCUGUAUGGCAGAAGUCUUCGAAUAACAAUUGCUAUGAUAAGCUGGCUAGAGAUACCUAUCCACCUAAAUGUGAUGACAGCCUUGAACCAGAUUCAGCAUGGUAUACUCCUCUUCGUGCCUGUAUUGUGGUUCCAGAUCCUAAGUUUAAGAAAUCAGGUCUAUCAUCCAUUUCGAAGUGGCCUGAACGGUUGCAUGUUACACCAGAACGGAUUUCAAUGGUUCAUCGUGGGAGUGCUAGUGCUUUCAAACAUGAUGACAGUCAGUGGAAGAAGCAGACUGCGUAUUACAAAAAGUUGAUCCCUGACCUUGGGACUGACAAGAUAAGAAAUAUAAUGGACAUGAAUACGGUAUAUGGAGGUUUUGCUGCAGCCUUGAUUGAUGAUCCUGUGUGGGUCAUGAAUGUAGUCUCAUCACAUGCUACCAAUACACUUCCUGUGGUUUUUGAUCGAGGCCUUAUUGGAGUCCUCCAUGACUGGUGUGAAGCUUUUUCAACAUAUCCUCGAACGUAUGAUUUGCUUCAUCUUGAUGGACUCUUCACUGCAGAAGGCCACAGGUGUGAAAUGAAGUAUGUGUUACUGGAAAUGGAUCGAAUCUUACGACCUUGGGGGUAUGCAAUCAUUCGUGAAUCCAGUUAUUUUACAGAUGCCAUCACAACCAUUGCUAAGGGUAUGCGUUGGGAGUGUCGUAAAGAAGAUACUGAGAAUGGCAGCGACAUUCAGAAAAUACUAAUAUGCCAGAAAAAGCUAUGGUAUUCAUCCAACCAGAGUUCAAGAUGACAAACUAUGGAACUUGAUGAUGGUGGUACUGGUUAGGGUAGUAGUGCCAUGGAGUAGAAGCAGAGGAAGGGAAUUCAGAGUUGCUCCGGGCAUAUAUGGACUCGAGUUCUAUAAUAUAAUGAGCCAAGAUUCAGUCAAGUUUAACUUUGUCAAAAGAACAAGUGGUAACCCACUAAUCUGAUUUUAAUUUAUAGAGAGAAAUUUCAUAUAUACAUAUUACAUAAUUAUAUAUCACUUGCUUUCUUUUAAGCACCCACCACUCCCUUUAGACAAAAAAAAUGUUUGUUUAGUAACAAGAUGCUGCCAGCGUGAAGGAAUUGAAUCCCACAGGAAGCAUAUGAUUUACCACGAGUGCUGCCAUUUCAAGGACCGUGAUAUUUGUGUAUAGUAAUUGUUUUACCGAGAAUAGCACUCUGCACUUGUAUUAAUGCUGAGCAUGAUGCAGUGAAACUCGGACAUUUUUUUAGAUUGUUUUUACUGUGAGUUGGCAAAUGAAGUUCUACUUGUUAGGUGGAAUUACUGGAGUAUUUAAACUGUUACUUUGAUUCACGAAUAGUGGUUGUAUCGUUAAAAUGAGAUUUAUUCUACAGUUUGCUGCAGCGAACAUUAUUAACAGUCAUGUUUGUCCAGCACUAUUUCUAA